AUGCAUGACCGCCAAAUUCAGCCACUUCCUCAUGAGGUAGCGGCCAAAAUCAAGUCCUCGACGUCAAUAACGCACUUGAAUGCCGUCAUCUUGGACUUGGUCAAGAACGCAUUGGAUGCAAAUGCGCAGAGCAUAUUUGUCACUGUCGACUACCGACGCGGAGGAUGCGUGGUCGAGGACGAUGGAGAUGGGAUUCUCCCUGUUGAAUUCCAGCUGGAGGGAGGCCUAGGUAAAACCCAUCACACCUCGAGAUACCAGUCAGAAUCGAGCACUUACGGCAGGAAGGGCUGCUUUCUGGCAUCGCUAUCCGCACUCUCGUUGCUGACCAUCACAUCACAUCAUCGCCAUCAUGCGAGCACAAACACCAUUAUGUUCCACCACUCCGUGACUGUUGCGCGGCUCUCUCCGGCCCCACGACACCACGCACUACGGUUCAGCGACCAUGGAACACGGGUUACUGUCAACGACCUUUUUGGAAACAUGCCAGUUCGUGUGAAGAGCCGUGCUCUGGCUCUACAGAAAUUAGAUGAGCUAGACCGUCAAUGGGAUGACUUGAAACAUCUACUGGUCUCACUUAUGAUCGCUAGCGGUGGCCUUCCGAAGCUGACCGUCUCGGACACGGAUAAGGAACGGAAGUUAACCAUUCGUCCUCGCCAAGGCCCUCUUGUUGAUGGAUUGGAUCUGAUCCGGCUCAGUUCUGUUCUCUCGCAGGCUGGUUUGGUGGAUACCGCAAGUACGAGGAAAUGGCAUGCCGUCUCUGCAACCGUUCCGCAUCUGACGAUCAACGCUGCGCUAUCUCUCGUCCCAAAUCCGUCGAAGAAGGUCCAAUUCAUCUCCAUGGGAGCUGAGCCUAUAUUCUCCCAAAACCAAGCGAACAUACUCUACCACGAGGUCAACCGUUUGUUCUCUAAUUCUGAUUUUGGCGCGAUUGGAAACGUGCGCUCAAGCUACGGAUCCGGCAUCGAGGACCGUGGACCUGUGGCCGUGAACAAGUGGCCCAUGUUUUCUAUCCGCAUCGACUCGGCUGACACUACAAGCAGCGACGAGGAACUACCCGAGUCGGACAAGUCGCUACAACGGAUCUUGGAUAUUCUCGGACUCAUGAUCGAUGAAUUUUUGAAAGAGCACAGAAUGCGUCCGAGGGGCGGAAGAAGACAGCGCCAAAAUCCUGCCCAAGUAGAAUCCCAAUCGCGCUCCGAGGUAACGGAGACCCGCAACCCAAUCUCGAGCACAGAGCUUUCAGGAAACCAGGUGAAGCUUCCGUCUUUCUCUCGCCCAGGUUUGGGUAGCCAUUUUGGAAAUUGGUCGCGUGUCAAAAGCGGAAACAGCCACUCUAAUGGCUCGACGCAGGUGAAAACCAUAUCUUCUGUCUUACCUAGUGAUGAUGUGAGAAUUAGUACCCCAGAAACGGUAGAAGGGGGUCUACUCUUGGAGUCCACGGUUGGCGAUACUGCCAAACCACCGCAGCAGGUAGCCGUGGAAACUCAAACUCAGGACGGUGAUGGGUUGAUUCCUUGGGUGGACCCAUACACGGGAGUGAAGCACUGGAUCAACUCACGGACUGGUCAGUCCGUCAACGUUCGACCAUCCGCUGCUUCAGCGCUGGCCAAACGCCCGAGGACAACAGGGUCUCUACUCACCCGGGUCUUGGAUGGCCGGAAGCGGCCAGCGUCUGCUUUGCCGGACUCGCAGAAUACGUGGUUGGAACAUCUUUUUGAUAAUUGGAAGAAUCCUGUUUUUGGUCGAUCUGAACGGCCGAUAAGUGCUCUGGAUACGGAUUCUGAGCACGACGGCGCGGAAGCGCCUAACUUUCACAAACACUGCGGACUGGAUAGUUUUGGAGUAACUAAGUACCGUGGAAAACUGCGCAAACGGGAGUUGAAGGCAGCGAAAGUUAUCGGCCAGGUCGAUCGAAAGUUUAUCCUGGUGGAACUAACUCAUACCGACUCAUCAUCUCUUAUCCUUAUCGACCAACAUGCGGCAGACGAGCGGUGUCGGAUAGAACGCCUGUCCAAGGACUUUUUCAAUGGAUUGGACGUACAGACGAUUGAGGUGGUGCCGAUGGAACUUGAGAUCCCAGCUGCUGAAGCUUUGAUGUUCAGACGACAGGCAGAUUUUUUUGGGUCUUGGGGCAUCGAAUACGCGGUCCAGGAAGCUACAAGGAGCGACAAGACAUCGAUAUCGGUAUCAGCACUCCCAACUCUCAUCGCAGAACGCUGCCGGGCAGAACCAGACCAGCUGAUGGGUAUUCUCCGUGCGGAGGUUUGGAAACGGACCGAGGGCAAUUCCCGCCCACUGACGCCUGUUUCUGGAAGAACAGAGCCUGGAGAAGAUUGGGUCCGGCGGAUGGCAGGAUGUCCUCAGGGAAUCCUCGACAUGCUCAACUCGCGAGCGUGCCGAACUGCAAUUAUGUUCAACGACGUUUUGAGUGUUGAUGAGUGCAGAAAUCUCGUCAGUCGCUUGGCAGAUUGUGUUUUCCCUUUCCAGUGCGCGCAUGGCCGGCCAUCGAUGGUACCCCUGUUGGACUGGCGUGGGAGCGUUGGGAGUGUGGAAAAUGCAGCCGGGGGUGAGGCCGGCUUUGGUUUUACUGAGGCUUUCAAACGAUGGCAGUCGACAUAG